CGCGCCUUUUAAAGACUGACUGAGGACUUUUGCCGGUGUCGCGGAGUAAGAAACUGCCGAACUACUCGGACAGAAUGGAUGCGCCACAGCUGGUCUUUCUGCUGCUGCUCCACGGAUACGUGGUGCCAAAAGUGCUGUCGGUGCAGAUGUGUGACGUGGUGAACGAGAUCGAGCUGGAGAAAGAGCGCUGCGAGAACAGCACCUUCGGGAACUUCACGUCAGGUUGCCAAGGCAUGUGGGACAUCAUCGCCUGUUGGCCCUCAGCCAGCGUCGGGGAGGUGGUGACAAUAACCUGCCCCACUUACUUCAGUUACUUCAGUGACCAGCACAAAGGUAACCUCUCCAAGACCUGCACAGCGGACGGCUGGACUGAAAUGCAUCCUUUUGACAUCGCCGUGAACUGUGGGUACAAUCUCAACGGCACUGGCGAUGAUGGCAAGUUCUUCUGGCAGGUGAAGAUAGGCUACACCAUCGGCCACAGCGUUUCCCUCAUUUCUCUCACCACGGCCAUCGUGAUCCUCUGCAUCUUCAGGAAGCUCCACUGCACGAGGAACUACAUCCACAUGCAUCUGUUUGUGUCAUUUAUCCUGAAGGCCAUCGCUGUGUUCAUCAAGGAUGUUGUCCUCUACGAGGUCGGGGAGGUGGACAACUGCUCGUCAGGCUCCGUUGGCUGCAAAGUGGUGAUUGUGUUCUUCCAGUACUGUAUUAUGGCCAGUUUCUUCUGGCUGCUGGUGGAAGGCCUUUAUCUUCACGCAUUGUUGGCAGUCUCUUUCUUCUCCGAGAGAAAGUACUUCUGGGCUUACAUCCUGAUUGGCUGGGGAGGUCCGACGGUUUUCAUCACAGCCUGGAGCAUCGCUAAAGCCUACUAUAACGAUGUUGGGUGCUGGGAUAUAAUCGAGAACACUGAUGUUUUCUGGUGGAUCAUUAAAACCCCCAUAUUAGCAUCAAUCCUGAUGAACUUUAUCCUAUUCAUCUGCAUCAUACGUAUACUUCGCCAGAAAAUCAACUGCCCAGAUAUUGGAAGAAAUGAGUCCAACCAAUAUUCGAGACUGGCGAAAUCGACGCUGCUUUUGAUUCCGCUGUUCGGGAUCAAUUUCAUUGUUUUUGCAUUCAUCCCAGAGCAAGUGAAGACUGAACUGCGGCUUGUUUUUGACUUGAUUCUGGGAUCAUUUCAGGGAUUUGUGGUCGCAGUCCUGUACUGCUUCCUCAAUGGAGAGGUCCAAGCAGAGAUCAAGAGGAAGUGGCGGAGGUGGCACCUGCAGAGAUACAUGGGCUCGGACACCAAAUACCAACACCCGUCUAUCGGCAGCAGUAACAACUUCAGCACCCAGAUCACCAUGUUGACGCGAUGCAGCCCGAAAACACGCCGGGGUUCGUCCGCCUGUCACGACGACCUGUCCUGCAUAUGACUCGGGACAAAACUGUGAUGCCGACAUGCUAAACACUCUCAUGCCGAACAGAAGAGACACAGCGUAUGUAAGCUCUUGAAUGAGAGAACACACACUCCUUCAUUAGCAUGUGCACUCUUUGGGGAUGUGUUGCUCGAGUGUGACAUGGACAGAGGUAGGUGGUGAGGGAACAUAAGUGUGACUGUAAUCAGCUGCUUUUUAAUCUCCACGCUUUCUUUAAACAUAGCAGGAUCGAGUGGCUGAGACACAUUGCAUCACAGGCACAGCUUUGUACGUCUGAAUGAGAACCAUCAGCGUUUUGUGUUUCAUGAGUCACAUGUGGUCGAUCGUUAUUCACUUCCCUGUGCGCUCAGACACCGGGCAGCGCGAAAAAAAAUGUCACCCAUUAAUGGGGUUGGGUGAUGGGAUCCAAUUGUGAACUGUCCCACCUGAUGUAAUUACGUGCUGAUUAAAAAUCACUUAGUAGAUUCCUGUGUCUCUAAAUUAAAAAGGCUGGUGCAAAGACACAGCCAGCAGAAGAAAGGGAGCUGCUUUUAAAUCCCAUUAGUUAUGUUGUUACAGCGUGUAAAAAAAUUUUUUAAAAAAAACAGAAAUGCAAUAUGGAAAGUGUGUGUGAGUGCUGAAUGUCGAAUGGUGAUAUUUUAGGCAACGGUAAAGAAUGUAAAGGAACAAAACAGCGUGCAAGCGUUUUGUUUGCCUCCCUGUGUGGGCAGACAGGAAAAAGAAGAACAUUAUUUCCAUGAAUGCCAAACCGAUUUGGACCGAGUGACCAGUGUGACGCUGAUUCACUACGAUGGGUUAGGCGUAUACAAAUGCCCUUCUCUGCACUAUCACCCUCAUGAGAGACUGAUCGCCCUUUGCCUUCCCUGUUAACGGCACAGCCUUCACUCUCCCCUUUUUGUCAUUCGGAGUCACUGAUAGGUUUGAUAUCUUUUUUUUUUUUUUUUUUUGAAGGCACUCUAGCAGUUUUGCUUCAAUCACUGACGAGUGCCUGGUUUCAGUAUUUUCAAGUGACACUUUGAAUCAAAUCUCCGCUGACUGUCAGCCUUGCACAGCAGCGCUGGAGAGGAAAUGCCUUCAAGCAGUUCAGUCCAUGGAUGUUUACAUUUACUCAGAAUGGGUCAUUAAACAUUGUACAGACAAGUAUACAGUGUAAAGAAAAUGAAUUGCUGGAUUGUUGUGCCAUACUGAUCAUAUCGCAGCUGCAAUGUCAGUGAUGUAUCAUUCUAAUAGUUGUUUGUUCAUGUUUUUUUGCAACAUGUGAGAUUUAAAGCCUCACCAGAACAUAAAGUUCUCCUGCACAAGCUUGUUUAUGUGGCUGUCUGUGGCUCAGUGUUAAGCAUAACAGCUGAAUAAAAGAGACUUGACUUUAAACAGUUCAGACAUGUACAAAGAAGCUUUUCUCUGUGACGCCUUGGUAGAAUAACUGGUGCUUGAACCCCACCAUCCCACAAAUCCAUCCGUUUUGCAAAAAACAUUUCCUGAAUUCUCCAUCGACGUGUCAGGUUUAAACUUCUCCACUGGAGGAGUUUGAACCUGACAGGUCAGCGGAGAUGGUUGGACCCAGUAUGUAAAGCAAAGCAAGGUGACAAGGAUGACUGGCCCUGUCACAACGAUGCCAUCGUUGUUCUUUUCAUCUUACAUGGUCAGGCUGAAAGUCGCCUGUGUGUUCAUGCAAACGGGAACAUCCGGAAGGUCCAGC